AACGGAGGGAGAAAAAAAAAAAUUGGCCAACUAAAAAAACACAUGUAGAUACCACACAACGGUGUGGUUCUUCCAACAAUACAGACGUGUAAAUUAUACGCCAGGGAUAUUAAACUUAUAAAAAAAUAGUGUAUUUGUUUAUAAGUUUGUUUUAAGUGAAAAUAUUUGAGUUUUCUAUUAAUUAUAAUGGCAACAUCAGCAAAAAAUGAAAAUACUGCAACAAAAUCAUCAAAUACAAUUGUUGCUAAACAAAAGUUGCAAGAUAGUGGUGUUUUAACAAGUGAGGAUUUCGACGGAGGUCCUGUUAGUUUAGAUGAAAUAGAGAAUGGCUUAUAUUUGGGCAAUUUAACAGCUGCUACUAAUAUGGAGACAUUAAGAUCAUUUAAUAUAACUUAUAUACUUACCUUGGACUCGGUGCCAUUGCCCAAGCAUAUAACAGAAGCUUCCUUUUUAACUACCAAAUAUAUACACAUCUCUGAUAUGCCCAAAGAAGAUAUUUUACAUCAUUUAAACACUUGUGUGGAUUUUAUUACAUCAGCUCUUAGCAAGGGCAACAAUAUAUUGGUGCACUGCUAUUUUGGUGUUAGUCGAAGUUCUACUGCUGUUAUAGCUUAUAUUAUGAAACAACAUAAUAUGGACUAUCAGGCUGCCUAUGAUUAUGUUAAGGCAAAGAGACGUUUUGUUCAGCCAAAUAUAGGUUUUAUAGCACAAUUGAAAUUGUGGCGUCGUAUGGGUUGCAGUAUUGAUCCACAAUAUCAAAAAUAUAAAAUCUAUCGUUUACGUUUGGCAGGGGAACAAGUGAGAAAGGCUAAAAUUCUUCCACAAAAUUUCAAUAAUCUCAUAAAACCUGAUCCUGCUAUUACCCAAGAAAAUCCCGAACCUAUAGUCUAUCGUUGUCGCAAGUGUCGUCGUGUGUUGGCCUCAAAAUCUCAUGUACUCUUACAUCCACCUAAAAAUCAAACUCUUUCCAAAGGCACCAAUGGUAAUGCCAACAAUACUGCUGCUGUUUUACCACCGAUCGAACAAAAUUCCGGCUCAGGAACGCAACCACGUCUUUUAGAACAAAUUGCUGCACAAAUUCGUAAAGUUUCCAUAACAUCACCUACCGAAGGUCAACAGCCUCAGCAAAUAGGUGGUGAGAGUGAUAAACAACAGUAUUGUCAGAAUAUAUUAUUUGUAGAGCCCAUUGCAUGGAUGCAACAUAUUUCGAAUAAUACUCAGGGACGUCUUAAUUGUCCAAAAUGUGAACAGAAAUUGGGUAAUUAUAGUUGGAUUAAUGGUUGUCAGUGUCCUUGUGGUGAGGAAAUAUCUCCAGCGUUUUAUUUAAUACCUUCUAAGGUGGAACUUUCAAAAGCCGUACAAAAUGUUCAAACUACAUUGUAGAUUAUAAACAUGUUUUUUUGAUUUAUUAUGUUUUUUUUUUAAUUAAAAAGGUUUCACUUUAAGUUAUUGGCCUUAGUAUGGAGUAGUCUAUAAACUAGUCUAUUGAUUAGUUUAUGGACUAGUCUAUUCAUUAGUAUAUGAACCAGUCUAUUGAUUAUUCGAUUGACUAGUCUAUAACUGGUUCUAGUAUGUGAACCUGUCUAUUGCUUAGUUAAUUAAUUAGUCAAAUCAUCAAAUUACAGACUACGCUUUUAACUAGUCUAUUGACCAUACGAUUGACUUCUUUUGGACUAGUCUUUUGUUUGGUCUAUUGACUAGUCGAUUAACUAGUCUAUUGAAUAGUUUAUUUGGUUGUCUAUUGACCCGUCUAUCGAUUAAACGAUUGUCUAGUCUACUGGCUAUUGACUUAAUGGAUUAACUUAUUGAUUACUACUUUACCUAGUCUAUUCCCUAGAAUACGAACUUGCCUAUUGACUAGUCGAUCGAAUAGACGAUUAGUGUAUGGACUUGUCAGUUGACUAGUAGACUGACUACUCUAUGGUCAAGACUACGUUUUGCUCUAAUAACUAAACUGCGUACUCGCCCAUUCACUAGUCGAUUGAUUUUACUUCAUACAGCUGUCUAUGGCCGAGUGUUACUCGGGUCUUUCGGGAUCAACAAAACCAAUUUUAGUGGAAACGUGUCGAUUGAUUAGUAUAUUUGCUAGUCUGUUGAUAAGUCGAUCGAUUAGACGAUUGAUUAGUCUACUGACUUGUCAAUUGGCUAGACUAUUCACUAGACUACGGAUUAUCCUAUUAACUAAACUACACAAUACUCUAUUGACUAGACUAUGGACUAACAUAUUGACAGGUCUAUUAAUUAGUCGAUUGAUUAGUUUAUUUGCUCGUCCAUUGAUCAAUCGAUCGAUUAGACGAUUGAUUAGUUUAUUGACUAGUUAAUUGACUGAAUGGUUAAUCCAUAAGUCGAUUGAACAGUUUAUUGUCUAGUAUGUUAACUACGCAUUACACGAAAGACUAGACAAGGGACUAGCCUAUUGACAGGUUUAUUCAUUAGUCGAUUAAUUAGUUUUAUUGUUUGUCUAGUCAUCAGUCAAUCAAUUAGACCAUUAAUAAGUCUAUUGACCAGUCGAUUAGCAUAUAUUGACUAGUAUUUUUAAUAGUUUAUUUUCUAGUCUAUUUACUAUGCAACUGUCUAGACUUUGGAUUACCUUAUUUACUAGUCUUUUGGGUAAACUAAAGGUUAGCCUUUAGUUCAGUUCUAGUUUAGUUUAAUUUUAAUUCAGUUCAUUACUAGUUCUAGUUCAGUUCCAGUUCAGUUCUA